CGCGCACAGACAGACUCACACAUGUGCGCCCGCGCUAGAUAACGACCGGAGCUCGAGCAGAAGAAACCCAGACGUAAGAGUCCGGGGAAGCGGCGCGUGGAGCAACCUGUGUUCCUCGCGCCGGAGCUCGGGGCUCGGGGCUCGCGGAGGCCAUGGAUCACAUAGGGAUACUGGGGGCGCACCUGCAGCAGCACGCGCACGUGGAGCCCAUCAGCUUCGGCAUCGACCAGAUCCUCAGCAACGUGGAGCAGAGCUGCAUGCUGGGCGUGAGGAUGCACGAGCCGGACUACGGACACGCGGCGUACAACGGCGGCGGGAGCAGCGGCCUGAACGGCGGCGGCUUCGCGUGCGGUAACGGCGGAUAUAACGGCACCGCCAGCUCGUGCGGGAUGGCCUCCCUCGGAGGGGGUUAUCACAUGAACAUGGGCGUGAAUGCAAACGGGACUAACGUGAACGCUGCCGGGGUCAUCCGUGUCCCCGCGCACCGGCCUCUGAGCUGCGGGAACUCCUCCGUGCCGCCGGGGAGCGGGACCAUCAACAACCUGAACGCGCUGACCUUCCCCUGGAUGGAGAGCAACCGCCGCUACACCAAAGACAGGUUCACAGUGUCCCUCUCACCCCUCACUGUAACACGUCGUGUAGGUCAUCCCUACCAGAACCGGACGCCUCCCAAGAAGAAAAAGCCUCGGACGUCCUUCACACGGCUGCAGAUCUGUGAGCUGGAGAAACGGUUCCACCGGCAGAAGUACCUGGCGUCGGCUGAGCGGGCCGCCCUCGCCAAAGCCCUGAAGAUGACCGACGCUCAGGUCAAAACCUGGUUCCAAAACAGACGCACCAAAUGGAGGCGGCAGACGGCGGAGGAGCGGGAGGCGGAGCGACAGCAGGCCAACCGGAUCCUCAUGCAGCUGCAGCAGGAGGCUUUCCAGAAGACCAUCAACCAGCCGGUGACCCCGGACCCGCUGUGCCUGCAGAACAGCUCCCUGUUCGCCCUGCAGAACCUGCAGCCCUGGACCGAAAACACAGGAAAGAUCAGCAGUGUGUCGGCCUGCGAGUAGAGCUGAACACACGGCCUCCGGCUGGGUACCUGCACCGGUACCGACUGACUGCUAGAGGGCAGAGCUGAGCUGUGGCCCGCUGAGGAGCUCCGUAUAGAGGAGGCCUGAUGCGGGACACUGUUUGAAAGAUCUUGGUUAUAAGGUCAUCUCCUCCUAUUAUCACCUGCCUUCUGUCAGACCCUGCUUCAGAUGGGGUCCCUCAGCACUACUCCCAUAUAAUGGGGGUCCACAUCUGGAUCCUUCAUAGGUCGGGACUGAAUGCUCUAGCCCUGCAGACACCAGACUGGAAUUUUGGAAAUAUUCCAGGGGCAUCUUGAUGAACUGUGUGCUCCCUAACCCUGCAGAAAGCCCACCAGAGGACCAGAGACUGGCACCAGUGAGUGGUUGUAUUAUAGUUUACCUAUAAGGGACUUGAUGUUUCAUAAACAGCAUAUUUUCAUAUUGAUGUCUGACAAAAAAAAAUAUGUGUGUACAUCUAUGCCAUCAGUGUCUAUCUGUGUUUAUCUGCUUUGUUAAUGGACUUUUUACUCAACUGCACAGUAACAAACAGGGCACUUGUUUUAGCACCUUUGUAUGAAUUCAAACGUAAUCUGACUCUGCGUGAUGAUUUACAGCAACAAAUCAAGGAUAUCUGUUUAUUUUACCACUUCAUGAUUUAGAAAUAAAUGAAUCUAAAGUCAGACAAGAUAAAAGAAUAAUACUAUUUAAUGCCACCUACAUUUAACGAUAACCACUUUGACCACAAUUCUUUGGACUCUUAUUUUUGUAACACUUUACAAACUAUGUUUUCCACACAUAAAGCUGCAGUAGGUAACUUUAAAAAAAAAAACUGAAACUUUCACUAUAUCCUGACAGUAGUACAUGAGACAGAUAAUUUGUGAAAAAGUCAGCUUCCUCUGGCUCCUCCUAGUGCUCCAAAUGGUAUUAUAAGAAUCCACAGGGCUUGAACGAAAACAACCAAUCAGAGCCGAGAAAGAUAUUAAGAGGCUUUGGGUUGGUGGCCUGAGGGUAAUUGUUUGUUGAGUCUCAUUCCCAGGGCCACAAAGCAUCUAUAUUUGACAACCUGUGAAUGAGACUCAACAAUCAAAUAAAACUGCAAGCAGUGAUGAACGGGCAGUCGUACUUGGCGCGCAACGGAGUGUGCUGCGGCUCCGGCCAGGUAACAUGUGCAGACCACAACGUGAACAUUUCAUGUAAACCAGAUCAAAAUCACCACACAGUGCACUUCCUGUUGCCAGUAGGUGGCACUAUCAUUAUAUCUGAAUAUUGUCAUGAAGACGUGACAAUGUGUAGUUUCAUUGAGAUUGGACCAUGUAAACUGAAGUUAUGAGGACGUGUUCAGGGUGAGACUGUUACAGAACAUGUUAAGUUUAGUGGAGAUUGGACGCAGUCACAAAUAGCACAACUUUUCAUCGUCAGUUUGUUUUGAUUGUAUUGACCAGUUUUGAAGUAGAUCCGAUAAAUUCCCUAGGAGGAGUUUGUUCAAAUAAAACGCCAAAAAUUCAAAAUGGCUGACUUCCUGUUGGGUUUCCUUGUACCAUCAUGAUACACGUGUUCCAAUUUUGAUACAUGUCGGUCGUACGUAUUUGGGGGUUGAUUCUGAGGGGCGUGGCUAAGCCAUUUUGCAACACCUAUCUACGGGACCAAGGCAAUACGUUAGCCUUCGUCACGACUGAAUUUUGUGCAAAUUUUCAUACAAUUUCGGGCAUUUUUAUGUGUCCAAAUGUGAAGGUGAUCCGAUAAAUUCCCUAGGAGGAGUUUGUUCAAAUACAACGUGUGCAAAUCGCCAGAAAUGACUGCUAAAUCCAAAAUGGCCGACUUCCUGUUGGGUUUGGGAUAUGGUUCCCACUGGAUUUUUUGUACGACAGACGUGUGCGCUGUGUUUCAUGAGUUUUGGUGCGUUGUUGCAGCCUUCAAAAAUGCGAUUUUUGGCACUAAAAUAAUAACCCUUACAGAUACAAUAGGGCCUUUGCACGGUCAGUGCUCGGGCCCUAAUUAUCUUUCUCUGCUCUGACUGAACCCAGUAGAUUCUUGCAAAAGCCAUUAGGAGCACUAGGAGGAGCCAGAGGAACCUGAUUUUGUACUUCUGUAUGGAUAUAGUGAAAGGUUUCAGCAAAUAUGACAAAAGCUAGUGUUGCAAGCUGACCAAUAACAAACUAAGACCAGUCAUUUGACCAUGGGCAUUUAUUAUCUUUUCUUCCUUGUCAUUCCUUGCCACUGCAUUGUGUGUGUGUGUGUGUGUGUGUGUGUGUGUGUGUGUGUGUGUGUGUGUGUUGGGGGGAGAUCUGCUGCUAUUGACACAGUCCACAUGUUGCCUGGUCAAUAACAGAGUUUCCAAUAAGUGACUGACACUCAGGCUGCCAUGAUAAAUGAGAGUACUGGAGUGUGUGUGUGUGUGUGUGUGUGUGUGUGUGUGUGUGUGUGUGUGUGUGUGUGUGUGUGUGUGUGCACCUUGUGUCUCUCCAUGCAUAUGAGUAUAGAAAGGCUUUAGUCCUGUAUUUUCACACAGGUGACAAUAAUAUUUUGGACACUAAAAUUAAUUCUUGUCUCUGCAGAGUUGAUCAUGCAAAUCCAUUUAUUUAGUAUGAAUAUCUUCUACAUUUUUCAGCCAUAUGUAACUUUUACAUUGCUCGGUGGAGAAACAUUUUUAACUCGUGUUUAUUUUCAUGCCCAAAUGUAUUUUGUCACUCAGAGUAAACUUGAAGGCAAAACAUUGAAUCAGUCCGGUGUUUCGUGUUCCCAGCAUUAUUUAUGAUUCACUGAUGCUGUGCAAUGUGUUCAAUCAGCUGUGGAUCUUCAUCAGGCGCAAAACAUUGCUGCAACCAUGACGUGUUUGACAUAUCCUUAAAUAAUGACAAUAAGCAACACGUGUCCAGUCACAAGACCCCUGGUUAAGACAAGGUCCACACUCAAAGCUUUAGCACUCAAUUCUGAUUUAUUUUGGUUAUUUUGGUUUGGUUGUUCAAAUUAUUUUUUAAAUGUGUCUCAUAUCAGAUUCCAGUGUGAACAGGUCAUGGUCCUGAAGUUACCUGCAUGAUGAUGUAAAGCUAGAUCCACACUGCAAAGAUUCAGAUCUGAAUCUGUUUUGGACCGCAUAUGAAAGUAUAACCAGAUUCCACAUGGUUUGUGACAUUCACACUGUCAGGAAAUAAUCUGAUCUGAGUCACAUAUGAGCAUAAAAGAUCAGAUAUUAGCUUAAUCUUAUAUCAACUUUAUUUGGAAAUAUGAAAAUAUUAUUUACGUAAACCUCCAAUAACUGAUUUUUUGGCCACCUUUUUUUUAGCAGAAGCAGUUAACGCAGCAUCGACACCUUUUAAAUUGAUAUGGUUAACUUGUUGGCAAACAGUUGCUUACUUCCACAUCCAGUAGUUACUGAGCAAAAUGAUAAUUCAUUUGGAGUCAUGUUUGUGUCCCCCUAAUGAAUGUAAGUCCAAUAUUCACUCGGGAGGGAAAUAUCAGGCUCUUUAGCUGCUAAAUGUUUCACUUUGUACACCAGCUCUAGCUGUGUCUGUCUGUUGCUGAUCAAACAGUGGGUUUUAAGAGCUGCCUGCUGCAGCUGAAAAAGACUCUGUGGCCCUUUUUCCACCAAAUUAGCUCUGGAUCUUGAAGCGGUCCCAUUCAAGAGUCUUGGAACCUUGGUGCUAUCUAGUGAACCAGUCCACGUUUCCACCAGUCUUGAGCGGAACCAGUGUAAUCAAGGAUUCGUCAUCAACAGAGGGCAAUACACAGCUGCCUGUAGAAUAUGUCACACGGAAGGAAAACCGUAAAUUUUUUUGGUUCCAGUUGGUAACUUUUUAGGUUCUGAACCAAUUUAUUUUUAGUAACAGUUUAAAACUAGGUUUGCGAACCAGAAUGGAGCCAGUUCCCUGUUGGUGGAAAAGGGACCAUUUCAACCUUUUCCACCAAAUUAGUUCUGGUUCUUGAACCGGUUGUGUUCAAGAUUUUUGGAACCAUGGUGCUAUCAAGCAAACCAGUCCACAUUUCCACUAGUUUUGAGCAGAACCAUUGUAAUUGGAUGGAGUAUCAACAGAGGGCGUUGCGCAAUGCAAAACGACCAGUAGACACAGCCACUUUGGUUCCCAAGAUAACUACUUUUUGGUUCCAGUGGAGAACCAAUUUUCCAGGUGCAUGAACCAAUUUAUUUUUGGUCAAAAUGCUCCAAAUGGUUCAAAACUAGGUGCAUGAAACAGAACAGACAUUGUUAUCAAAACUGGUGAAAACACGGGUUGGUUCCCUAGAUAGCACCAAGGUUUCAAGAAACUUGAACGGAACUGAGUCAAGAACCUAGCUAAUUUGGUGGGUUACUUUGGGUUGGCCACACAGCUAAACAAUGAGCUGACACUAUACAACUCUGUAAAGCUGAGGGAAGCUGCAGAUUCAGCUCACUGUGAGCACUGUCACACUGUUGUUUGAUACAUUGUUACAUUAUAUGUAACACACUAUGGAUUAUAACCACUUUUAGUUGGAUUCUGCUUUUUUGCCUGAUCCUGAUCGUUUCUUGUAGUCGAUCCCUAUGAUAAAAAUUUGUAUUAUUUCAUCUGAUUUUGGGAAUACAUGGUGAUAAUAAAAUGAAUCAUAAUAGGAAGGGUUUGCAAUCAAAUUCCAAACUGAAACCUUCUGGGGAUGACUCUGACGAGUUCUAAUGUAUCUGAGUGUGGAAAGGUUUGGGUUGGUUGUGACACUUGGUUUUUGGGCUCAUUUGUACAAAUAAUAUUCUGACAUUCUUAUAUGUUGUGUUUCCCCCUUACAGGCCACUCAAUUUAUCACGUAAACCACAUUUUUGUUUCAAGCAGCCGUCCCAUUCAUCAUAAAGUGUUCUCCAGAAUGCAGGUGGCUGAAAAAAUAGCAUUUUGAAGAGAACUUGCAUCGACAUUUGCCAUGUGGGAAAGAUGACAAGAAACAGGUCAUUCUGCAGAGCAGUCAGCUCUUACAAUAUCAUCCCAGAUAUGAGGAGGGGGCUUGUGCACAAAGUGUGGAGGUUCUAGGGAAAUCUAAUUCAAGUUUUUCAACUUCUAAUCUGAAUUUAGAAUGUGUUCUGUUUUUUUCUCCACCUUUUCUCCAUUUUUCUUUUCUUAUUGGAUUUUUUCAGAUUCUUUUAUAAAAUGAGGAAUACAA